AUGACUCGAGACGUUCUGUCACGUCAUCGUCUUUGGAAUUAUCUGCUUUCGAUCUACAAGGAUAAGGGUUGCCUGGUGGAAGGUCCUCUGAACAAUCUCAAGCCAUCAUCAGUCACUCUAACAAAAGUGCGAUCCAUACCGAAUGCCAUGAACAUGAGACGCUUCAUACCACGUGGUGCAGUGCUGCCGAAAGGUCCACAGAAGAAUGCAUACGCUAUGCGCAAUCGAGAUUUCCUGGCCGUCCAGGAUCCACUGUUGGCAAUCACUCAGGGCAAUCUGCGACCACACAGUGGUGUCAAUAUCCCGGUACCAGUGGGAAUGUUCAUGCAGCCAAACGCACCGCACUGCUAUCCGCCACCUCCUCAGGCGAACGCAAAGCCUGAACAGUGGAGUACUGGUGGUCGAAUGGUGCAGAAUCGUGAACAGGCCGACGCCAAUAUGUUUUGUUCGCAGCAGUCACAGGAUCCCCUCUAUAUGCAGCAAAUUGGUGGAAUAUCAGGCUUCUCGCAGGAUAUAUCUGACUGGACGCAAUCACAGACACAGCGUGGUGCUUCUCAAGUGCAAGGCAGCGUUGCUGAUAAUGAGGUGCGUCUCUUACGUAUAAGCAAAAAGCACUGGUAUGGAAACAACAAAUAA